CCCUGUACCUCUAGGCCCCAUCCCCGCCCGAGCUAUUGACCGCCCCGCCGGCGGCCCCGCGUGCGCGCCGGGCGGCGGACUGCGCAGGCGCGCGGUCCGGGGCUCCCGAUGCGCAUGCGCUGCGUCAGGACGCACGCCGACUCGGCGGUCGGGCGCGAGUGUCUGCGUGUGAAGAUGGCGGUGAAUGGCCCCAAGUCAGUGCUGUUCGUGUGUCUGGGUAACAUUUGCCGGUCACCCAUUGCAGAAGCAGUCUUCAGAAAACUUGUAACUGAUCAAAAUGAUUUAGAUAACUGGACCAUUGACAGCGGUGCUGUUUCCGACUGGAACGUGGGCCGGGCCCCGGACCCAAGAGCCGUGAACUGCCUAGGAAAUCAUGGCAUUAGCACAGCCCAUAAGGCAAGACAGGUGACCAAAGAAGAUUUGGCCACAUUCGACUAUAUAUUGUGUAUGGAUGAAAGCAAUCUGAGAGAUUUGAAUAGAAAAAGUAAUCAAGUUAAAAACUGCAAAGCUAAAAUUGAACUACUUGGAAGCUAUGAUCCACAGAAACAACUCAUUAUUGAAGAUCCCUAUUAUGGGAACGAUGCUGACUUUGAAGUGGUGUACCAGCAGUGUCUCAGGUGCUGCAAAGCCUUUCUGGAGAAGGCCUACUAGGACCACAGUGACUGCCACCAGCUGGGGACUCUCCUUAUCCAUGUUCUGCAUCCUCAUCCUGUGCUCUGGUGCACUGCCACUCCUCUGCCCGAGGACCCACCUGCCCCUUCAGCUGACCUGUUGUCUCUGACUUGACAGAUCACUAUAGCUGGAAACCAGCUGUGUCUGCAGAAGAAUCAAUAAAAAUGUUGGACUUGACAGUUUGUGGGGUGUAGUGAGAGUUCUUAGACUAGCAGAGCCUCCACUUUGCCCUGAUUACAGGGUAGUGGAGCAAGCAGGUAGAGAGCAACAGCACCCACUGCAAAGUACACACAACCUGAAAGCCCAGGUCAGCAUCUGAGCCCAGGGAGGUUGGAUGGCCUGUUCUUCCUGCAGUGCUUGUGUGUGGCUGGCCAGUGCAGGCAGGACACCUGUGCAUAGAGUCACAGUGACUCCCUCCGUCCAUAGCAGCUCUCCAUGGCUGCAGUGAGUCUUUAGCUCCCACACGCACAGCGCACACAAUAGGAGACAGACUGGGAGGAUUAAUCUUUAGCACCUUUAGUACUUGUUGGUUUUUGUCUGGUUUAUUUCAUGAGGUCAGCUUAUUUGCUCCCAUUUGAGCCACUUCGUAUCCAAAAAUUUAAUUAUAUCCGGAAAGGACAGAUGGUUGAGGGGUGUGUUUGUUUUAUAUGCACAGGUAACCCAGAUGUCAAAUGUAAAUUGGCUUAGGUGUGAAAAAAAUACGCAGUUAUGUUGUGUCCUUAAGUAUUGAUAUGUUAAGUGUUUCAUGAGUGUUUAAUAAAGCUACAGGUAAAUACAGGUAAUUUCAGUACAAUCUCAAAUUCACAUGGCUAUAUGUCAGAAAAGAUUGUUUUCAAAAUAAAUUGGGGAGUUAUAAAAAUGCAACAGAUAAGUUUGGUGUCUUGC